AUGAAUUUUUUAAAGUUUCUUUAUGGUGAAUCAUCUAAAUAAGAAGUUAAUUAGAAGUUGUAAAAACAUAUAAUUUAUUCAAAUGAUGAUGAAUAUUAAGGUGAGGUUUUGAAUGAUAAACGUCAUGGUAAAGGAACAUAUAAAUUUGCGUCAGGAAAUCGUUAUGAAGGAUAAUGGAAGAAUCACUAAAAACAUGGAAAAGGUAAGCUUUACUAUAAAAAUGGGGAAUUAUAUAUAGGAGAUUGGGUUGAGAAUAAGAAAUGUGGAGAAGGAAUGCAUUUUUAUAUAAAUGGUGAUAGAUAUGUAGGAGAAUGGAAAGAUGAUUAGAGAGAUGGUACAGGAACUUUAUAUUAAGCAGAUUAAAAUAUAUUCUAUGGUAUAAGAAGAUAGAUUAUACAGGAUAGUUUAGAAUGAAUAAAAAGUAUGGAACUGGUUAUUACUUUAAUACUCGUGAGAAGAAAUAUUACAAAUAGCAUCAUGAAUCAGACAAUAUAUUAGAUAGUGUAUAAAUUGAAGAGGUGCCAACAUUUGUGCUUGAAAAAUUCCAUAUUAAACCAGAAAGAAGCCAUAUAGAAGGAGAGAAGAGUGAGGAUUGUGUCAUUAAAAUAGAAGCUAGUCCUACUAUUUAAAAUGAUAGUGAUAAAUAAAAAGAUUUAUAACCUAGUGGAUAAAGUGGUUAAGGUGAAUCUGAUCCAUUAUUAAAAGAAGAAGGUAAAUCAUAGUUAAAUUCACUUGGAAAUUCAUAAUAACAUGGUUUUUUGAGUUUAUAAGUAUUAGAAAAAAUUGAAGAGUUUGAAAGUUAAAAAAAUAGUAAAAUUAUUCAAAUAUAUUAAAUAUAUAGUGUAGGAAUGGUAAUUAGAAGAAGUAUGCAUUUGGUUAGAUUCUUUAGGAUUAGGUGAAUAUAAAGAUGAAUUUUAAAAAAAUUAGAUGACAGGCAAAACUUUAUAUGCAUUAACAGAUAAUGAUCUAAAAUCAGAUUUAGGAAUAUCAGUCUUGGGACAUAGAAAAUAAAUUUUAUAGUCUAUUGAAGAAUAUAAAAAAUAUUAUGUUAAAUUUAUGGGAGGCAAAGUUAGAUUAAAGAAACCUUUGGAAUCAUUAGAAGAUAGAAAAGGAUUAUAUAAUUCAAUUGAAUAAUAAAGGUUUAAAAGUAUCUUUUCUUAUAUGGAAAAAAUUGAAGAAGAAUAAAAUGAGCAUCAUGAUAAUAAUAAAAGUGGAUCAAGUAGUGAUUCACCUAGUGGACAUAAAAGAAAAAAAUAUAAUAAAGAUAUUCCUAAAUCACCUACUAGAUCAAUAUCAAAUGAUUCUGAUUAAGGAAAUUUAAGUGAUAAUAACAAAUCUAUGAGGCUAAAAAGAUAAAAAAGUAAAAGAAGCAAAUAAUAGAGAAAAUAAACUAUGGAUUUGUAAAAAUCAGGAGAAUCUGCUGAUGAUGAAGAUGGUAAAUAACAUCUUACUUCCCCAAUUUGUAUUUGAUAUUUAAUUAUCCUAGAAUCUCCAAAUAAAGCUAGUAAUAAUGUAAGUGAUUAAAAGAUAGAGAUUUUAGUAUUAAAUGAAUGUUUAAAUGUUGUAGAAGAGAAUAAGGAGAGAGAGACAUAAGAAAUGAAUUAAUUAUCUAGAUAAUAAUCAACAAAUAAGUAAUAAGAAAUAUCAGAAUUCUAAUAAUCAAAAAGUCCACCUUAAAUAAAUAUCAACAAUGAAGAGAAUAUUCAUUAAAUAGAGAAAUUAUUAACAAUAAAUACUUAGUUAUAACGUUAAAAAUCUGAAUUAAAUGGUAAUCGACAUUAAGAUUAAGAUUCAUCAAGUUAAGAAUCUGAUGUAUCUGGUAAUUAUUCAAGUUCAGAAUCAUCAGAUGAAGAAAAAUAUAAAAAUUAAAAGAAAUCAAGAAGAUUUCGAGAAUAGAAUAAGAAAGAGAAAUAAUGUGAUAAUACAUAAUAACAUCAUAUACCUAAAAAGUUAUUGUAAUUGUUUAGAGAAUUUGGAAUAAAUGAAAGAGUAUUGAUUGUAUUUAAUGAAUUAAUUAUUGGAUAAAUAAUAGGUGAAGGUGGUUAUGGUGUAGUACAUAAAGGUAAAUGGCUUGGUUAGGAUGUAGCUAUAAAAUCUUAUGGAAAAAGGAAAUCUUAAGGGAAUUUGAAAUAUAAAUUAUAAGUGGCUGAUUUCCUUAAAGAAGUUGAAGUGAUAUCAAAUUUACGUCAUCCAAAUAUAGUUUUGUAUAUGGGAGUGUGUAUAAGAAAAUAAAAUUAUUAUUUAAUCACAGAAUAUUUGGAAGAGGGUAGUCUGUUUGAUCAUUUACAUAAAAAGAAAACUCAUAUAGAUUAAAAAGCUUUAAUGUAAAUAGUAGAAGAUAUUGCAUUAGGAAUGAAUUAUCUUCAUGGUAGAAAGGUUAUGCAUUGUGAUCUUAAAUCUUCAAAUGUUCUUAUAGAUUAAAAUUGGAAUGUUAAAUUAUGUGAUUUUGGAUUAUCUAGAAUUAAUAAAAAAAUAGAUCAUAAAGUUAAAGGAGCAAGAAUAGGAACACCAAAUUGGAUGGCCCCAGAAAUUAUGAGAGGAGAACCAUAUUAAGAAAAAGCUGAUGUUUAUAGUUUUGGUAUGAUUCUUUGGGAAAUUAUUACAUAACUAAUACCAUAUGAAGGAUUAUCACAAACUUAAAUUAUAGGAUCUGUAGGAUAUGGAUAGGAUUAAGUUAUUAUACCAUCUAAUAGCAAUCCACCUAUACUAUCUUAAUUAGCUAAAAAAAGUUUAAAGAAAAAUCCAGAAGAAAGACCUACGUUUGCAGACAUUGUUAAUGAAAUUCAAAAAGGACAAAAAACUGAAGCUAAACUUAAAAGUAAUUAUUUCCUUUAUUUUUUAUAUAGAAUAAGCUAUUAGAUAACUUAUAGAUUUUUUUGAAUGAUCAGAAGAAUGAAAAACAUC